AUAUUGUUUUCGAAUUCUAUUGUCCUUAAGUUAGAUUGAUUUUUUCCUUUUUCAUUUUGCAGGCUUCAUGUUUAAAUUUUGCAAUCUUUUCAAUUGGAUUCAUUUAGUGCCCGGGGGAAAAUGUUUGUUAUUUCUCGAGCAUUAAUCACAUUUAGAUGUAUUAAUAAAUUCACCGUUCUUUGGAGCUUAAACGGACUCCGGUCUCCUCUUUUAGUGAAGAGAAAAUCUAUUAUUACCAGUAUAGAUUACAGUAUUAAUUCAAGCGUGGCGCAGUCCAAUUGGUUGAUCACUAAGUUAAGUAAAGAAGGCAAAAUAUGCCAAGCACGACAAUUGUUCGAUAAAAUGCCUGAAAGAGAUAAAGAUGUAAUCACUUGGACUGCAGUGAUAUCUGCAUAUGUCAGGCUUGGGUUAAUUGAGGAAGCCAGGAAACUGUUUGAUAGAGUUGAUUCCAGGAAGAAUGUAGUAACAUGGACCGCGAUGUUAAAUGGCUAUAUGAGAUCAAAUCGAAUUGUGGAUGCCGAGAGAUUGUUUGAGAAAAUGCCGGUUAAAAAUGUUGUGUCUUGGAACACUAUGGUUGAUGGAUAUGUGCAAAAUGGGAUGGUCGAUAAGGCUUUUGAAGUGUUUGAUGAAAUGCCCGAGAGAAAUGUGGUUUCCUGGAAUACAAUGUUAACUGCAUUGGUGCAAAGUGGGAGAGUUGUGGAUGCGAGGGCAUUCUUUGAUAAGAUGCCUAAAAGGGAUGUUAUUUCGUGGACAGCUAUGGUUGCAGGGUUGGCGAAGAAUGGGAGGGUUGAUGAGGCUAGGAGAGUUUUUGAUAGGAUGCCAGAGAGGAAUGUGGUGUCGUGGAACGCAAUGAUUACUGGCUAUGCACAGAAUAUGAAAUUAGAUAAGGCUUUUGAUUUGUUUGAGAGGAUGCCAGAGAAGGAUUCGUCUUCCUGGAAUGGGAUGAUCACAGGGUUUAUUCAGAUUGGGGAAUUCGGGAAGGCCGAGAAAUUGUUUGGUGAGAUGCUAUGUAAGAAUGUGGUUUCUUGGACCACGAUGAUCACAGGAUAUGUUCAAGGUGAGAAGAGUGAGGAAGCAUUGAAGAUUUUCUCGAAAAUGUUGGCAGAGAACAGGGUAAAGCCCAAUGAAGGAACUUUUGUCAGUGUUUUGAGUGCAUGUAGUAAUUUAGCUGGGCUUAUCGAGGGACAGCAGGUUCAUCAGACAAUAGUGAAAACAGUUUAUCGGCGUAGUGAAAUUGUUGUAUCUGCACUUAUUAACAUGUAUUCCAAAUGUGGGGAAUUGAGUAUUGCUAGGAGGAUGUUUGAUGACGGAUUAAUAAACCAAAGGGAUGUGGUCUCAUGGAAUGGUAUGAUUGCAGCUUAUGCACAUCAUGGAUGUGGUCGGGAAGCCGUCAGUUUGUUCAAAAGAAUGUCCGAUUUACAUUUUAAACCUAAUGAUGCGACCUAUGUGGCUUUGCUCUCUGCAUGCAGCCAUUCUGGUAUGAUGGAGGAAGGACUAAGGUACUUUGAUGAACUUGUGAGAGAUAAGUCCAUUCAGGUCAGAGAGGAACACUAUGCAUGCUUGGUCGACCUCUUUAGCCGAGCAGGGAAGCUCAAGGAGGCCUUUGAAUUCAUUGUGCAGCUUGGGAUCAAACCAUCUGUAUCUAUUUGGGAAGCUCUUCUUGCCGGAUGUCAUGUCCAUGGGGAUGCGAAUUUAGGAAAAUUAGUUGCAAAAAAGAUUUUAGAGGCAGAACCAGAAAAUGCUGGCACUUUCUUGUUGUUGUCUAACAUGUAUGCUCGGGGAGGAAAAUGGAGAGAAGCUGCAAAGGUAAGGUUGAAAAUGAAGGACAAGGGAUUAAAGAAGCAGCCUGGUUGCAGCUGGAUAGAAGUAGAGAAUAAGGUCCAUGUGUUUGUGGUUGGUGCCAAGUCUCAUUCACAUGCUGAAUUUAUUUACCCACUACUGCAUGAACUUCAUGCCAAAAUGAGCAAGGCUGGAAAUAUAUCCAAUACUAAUCACGUGGAGGAGGAUUUUCUGGUUUUAUAAAAGUUUUUAAUCUGCUAAUGUCUCCUAUGGAACAAUUU